AUGGACUUUAUCGAAGUAGCGGAGAGUUUUAGUGACGAGGACGAGGAAUUGGAAACGAUAAUUUUGCGAAAUACGAAUCGGGAAGGACGUAGAGUCUUAGGAGCCACUUUUGAAGAUAUCGAUACGCCAACUUUGAGAGCUUACAUCGGACUUUUGAUUCUUGCAGGAGUGUACCGAUCUAACAAUGAAGCAACUGAAAGUUUGUGGGAUGCUGAAAUAGGACGUCCAAUUUUUCGAGCCGUCAUGUCGAACAAAACGUUCAAGAAGAUCUCACGAUUCAUUCGUUUUGAUGAUCGGUCCACGAGGAGUAGCCGCCGGGAAACAGACAAGUUUGCACCCAUCCGCGAGCUGUGGGACUCGUGGGUAGAUAUUUUACCAAAACUCUACAAUCCGCAAAAGAAUAUUACCAUUGACGAGCAGCUGGUUCCCUUUAGGGGCAGAUGUCCUUUCAGGCAAUAUAUGCCAAUGAAACCUGCUAAAUAUGGAAUGAAGAAUUGGGUAGCUUGCGACAGCGGUACAAGCUACGUCUGGAAUAUACAACCUUACACCGGAAGAAUAAACAAUACACCAGAAAGAAAUCAAGGAAUGCGAGUCGUUCAAGACCUGACUGCUGGAUUGAAAGGUUACAACAUUACCGUAGAUAAUUUUUUUACAUCCUAUGAACUUGCACAAAAGCUCUUGAAACGAGGGAUUACAUCAGUUGGAACAAUUCGAAAAAAUAAACCUUCGAUUCCGAGAGUUCUUUUGGAAUCAAAGAAGUGGCCUGCACAAAGUUCGAAAUUCGCAUUUACCAAAGAUACGACGUUGGUUACGUAUGUACCAAAGAAAAAUCGAAGCGUUAUUUUACAGAGCACACUACAUACUACUAAUUCUAUAAAUAAUAAGGAGAAUAAAAAACCGCUUAUCAUCGAAGAUUAUAAUGCGUCGAAAGGUGCGAACAUUCCAGAAAACCAGGAAACAGUACUGGAAACAUAUAAAAAGAGUAUAACUUCACUGUUAGCCAACGUAAAAUGGAAAAUGCCUCUACAUCAGUAUUACACUAAAGUGAUUAGUUUCAUAUGCUCGAUGCCUAUGCAUUACGAGCUACUAAUGAAAGAGAUAUACAAAACCCUUUAUAAAUGA